CUCAUUUCUUCUGAGACAUUUGCAGGGUUUCUUCUGUUUCUCUUAAAGGGACUUUCAAAGAGGAGAUGUUUUUCUUUGUCAACUCAGAUUUUCAGGUUUAUUGAGAUUCUCUCAGCUCUUUACAAUAUUGGAUGUGGUGUACAAACAUUUACUUUAAGAUGUGGAUAUGGAUUCUGAUUAGUCUUAACAUCAUCUCAAAGCUGCAUGCGUAUUCAGACGGUAGCUUGAUAGAAGCAUGUGACUCAAUGUUACCCAAUCAUAAUGGUGCAGCUCCUCAAACCACAGAACCCCCCUUCAUGGUUGAAUAUGUGCCCGGCAGCUAUCCCGGAGAGCCUGUUACAGUUUUGCUCAAGAGCGAGGAAUCCACAUAUUUUAGGGGGUUUAUGUUAGAGGCUCGAGAGGUUGCAGAUGAAAAACGUCUUACCGGAAAAUUUGUUCUACUUGACCCUGAACAGACUCGGCUCCUGACAUGUGGUGGUUUAGAAGGUUCAGCUGUUAGUCACACACUCAAUCUCGACAAAACUUUGAUCCGAGUUAACUGGACUGCGACAGAAGCAGAGCAGGACAUCACGUUCAGAGCAACAUUUCUUCACACUUUUGGAAUAUUUUGGGAAAAUGUGAAUAUCAUUUUACCUCAGCGCACUACUACUACAACUACUACACCUACUACACCAGAACCAACUACUACACCAGAACUAACUACUACACCAGAAACAAGUACAUUUCUUCAGUCUUAUGGAACAUUCUGGGAAAAUGUGAAUAUCAUUUUAUCUCAGCACACAACUACUAUACCAAGUACCACAAAGUUCAGCGCUAACAUAGAACGAGCAGGUAUUGCACUGAUGUGUUUUGAUUCUGUUUUGAUGGUGGAGAUGAAAGGAAUAUGCAAUAUAGGCAAAGUCUUACUGGCCAGUGAGGCUGUUUUUCAUCAUAUAAAUAAGGUGUCUAAGGUAGCAGUCAACGUGCUUUGUGUUGCUCUUGAAAUCUCAUCCCUGAUCUUGUUUAGUAUCGGUGAUUCUUUCAAGGUCAUCUUCUUUGCUCUUGUGUGUGUGAUGAUAGUGAUUAAUUCCACUGAAAUAAUAGUUGUGUCUCUGGGGAUUAGAAGUGGUCCUGAAGGAAAGAAGAUUUGUGAAUACGCUGCCAAUGUUUGUUUUGUUAUCCAUAAGAUUUUUACAAUUGCUGUCAUAUUUCUUGGUGUUAUGGAGAAUGACUGUGGAAAUAACGUGGGGGACUCUUGGCUUCUGAAAGUGAUGAUUGCUUUCACAGUAUGGGAUUUCCUGAAUGUAAUCUGGAUUGUCAUUUUGAGCAGUGAAAAAAGAGGCCAUUUAGGAAUGAGCGAGAGAAACAAGCAGCAAAGGAAAAAGAAGAGCCUCAGAGAUGCUGUUGUUAAUACUGUGUCAGUAAUCCUCUUCGCUGGAGCCAUUUCUUUUUCUACAGCCAUCAUUGUUGGCAUAUUUACUUGUCAGAAACAAUAGUUUUGCGGUAUGUUUGAAUCACAAUCAGAUUUCUCUCAUAGUGUUUACAUAUAGUAUGGUUACAUAUACGUAUAGUUAUAUCACAAUUAUUAUUCAGAAAACUGAUCAUAUCACACUGUUUACCUGCUGGAUCCUCAUUUAAUGUAACUGGUGUUUAAGUGUCUUAUUUAUUGUAUCUCACAGGCUGUAUAUUGCUUUAGUAUACUAUAUACCUUGUUUUUCAUUUUCAAGGUAAGUUUUCCUAAAUCAUUUCUUAUCAAAGUUAAGCACAUACUUUUAGGAUGAAGUUAGACUACCUGUGUGUUGCUAUUUGCAAAGCCUUGCUGUGCCUUGGAGACAUUUUCUUGCAGUCAGAUUCACUAAAAAAAGCCUAAUGAAAAGCUACACAGAGGAGAGACAUUUUUUAGCAAUAUAUAUUUAAUGGGAUCCAUCACAUCUAAUAACAGCCAUCUGAUAAAUGUUCACUCUGCUUUGAUAACUACUUAUAACUCAAAUAUUAAUAAACAUAAUUGGUGUAAAAAGAAAUUGGACCACAAGUUUGGCCCACAUGAAA